AGCACCCACACGCCCGGUGGGGCUGGGCGGGAACCCCGGCGUCCUGACGUGCUCCCCGCAGGCUGGGACUGCUCGGGGGACGAGGACGAGUAUCUGGCACUGGGCCCCUCACCCUGCCACCAUGGCGGCACCUGCCACAACCUGCCCGGGGGCUCCCGCUGCGUCUGCGUCAACGGCUGGUCGGGCACCAGCUGCACCCACAACGUGGACGACUGCGUCUCGGCCACCUGCUUCCCCGGCGCCACCUGCCUCGACCGCGUGGGCACCUUCCUGUGCCAGUGCCCCCCGGGGCGCACGGGGCUCCUGUGCCACCUGAGUGACGCCUGCCUGAGCAGCCCCUGCCACGCGGAGGCCUCGUGCGACACCAACCCCCUGACGGGCUCGGCCGUCUGCUUGUGCCAGCCAGGCUACACCGGGCCCACCUGCCACCAGGACCUGGACGAGUGCCAGCUGGGUGAGUGGGGGCCAGGGCCGGAGCUGUGCGAGCACGGGGGGCGCUGUGAGAACGUCGUGGGCUCCUUCUGGUGCUGCUGCCCGGCUGGCUACAAGGGGUCCCGCUGCGAGGCCGACGUGAACGAGUGCCUGCGCCAGCCCUGCCUGCGGGGGGCGCCCUGCCUGGACCUGCUGGGCCACUUCCAGUGCCUCUGCCCCCCGGCUUCCAGGGGCCCAUGUGCGAGGGGGAGGCGGACACCUGCGCCACCACCCCUGCGGGAACGGGGGGCGCUGCCAGGCUGGGGCGGGGGCCUUCCACUGCCACUGCCCCCCCGACAGGGACCCAGGGGACAGUGGCAUGGGGGGGCGGUUUUGGUAGACUCCCCUGGGGAACAUGGAGGAGGGGCUGGGGGGCUGGAGGGUCUGGGUUGGAGCCCCCCUAACCCCACCCCUGUUGCUUCAAGGUUCAAGGAGCCGUGCUGCCUGGAGGAGGCGGGAGCCUGCACCAGUGACCCCUGCCAGGGGGGCACCUGCCUGGAGGUCGUGGGCGGCUUCUCCUGCCUCUGCCCCCCAGGCUUCUCGGGCCCCGACUGUGCCCCCUGGAGCGACGCCUGCAGCCAGCGGCCCUGCGCCCAGGGCACCUGCCAGACCCACCCGCAGGGGGCUCUGUGCGUCUGCGCCCCCGGCUGGACAGGCCAGGACUGCUCGGCCGAGAUCAACCCCUGCGAUUCGGGGCCCUGCCCCCAGGGGGCGACCUGCCAGCCCCAGCCCCAUGGCUACACCUGUACCUGCCCCCAGGGGUUUACAGGUAAUGUCCCCCCCACUCCUGACCUGCAGCCCCCCCAGCUCCCCCCCUGCCCCCAACUCAGCUGGUGCCCCUCACUCCUGACCUGCAGCCCCCAGCUCUGCCGGCGCCCCUCACUCCCGACCCGCAGCCUCUGCCAGCCCAGCCCUGGGAUCUCCCCACUGUCUCUGCCCCCAGGUGUGCCGUGCGAGGAGGAGCUGGAUGGGUGCUGGGGGGGGGCGUGUCGGAACGGGGGCACCUGCCAGAACAGCCCUGUGGGGUACCUCUGCCUCUGCACCCCGGGGUUCGGCGGGGAGCGUUGUGAGAGCAACCUGGAGCAGUGCACCCCCAAUCCCUGCGGGAACGGUGGGCCCUGCCUGGACGGGGCCGGAGCCUUCACCUGCCUCUGCCCCCCGGGGUUCAGGGGGGAGCCCUGCCAGGUGAGGGGCAUGGGGGGAGGGGGCAGGGAUGGGGGAGGGGAGUGCUGCCAGGUGAGGGGCAUGGGGGGAGGGGAGCAAGGAUGGAGUACGAGUGGGAGGGGCAGGGGGGAGGGGGGUACAGUGUCUCCCCACUGGGGGUGGGGCCACCGGCCUGGCCCGGCCCGGGGGCUACGUCUGCCAGGUGAGCUCCCCGGACGCCGGGGUCCCUCCCCGGAUGCCGGGGUUCCUCGGCCCUGCUCUUGGGGGGGGACCCUGCCUGGGCUGACCCCCGACUUCUCCCCACUGCAGUGCCUGCCUGGGCAGUGCGGGGUGAACUGUUCAGAGCUGGGGCCCGGGGGGCCCUGCCACCCCCAGCCCUGCCAGAAUGGGGGCACCUGCACCCUGCACCCCACCGGCCCCCACUGCGCCUGCCCCUCCGGUACUCAAGGGUCCAGGUGUGAGUCAGUGACUGACAGCUGCCAAUCAAACCCAUGUGCCAAUGGGGGGUCCUGUGCAGUGACGGGCAGCACCCCCUCCGACUUCACCUGUCACUGCCCUCGGGGUUACAGCGAUGCCACCUGUGACGUCCAGCUGCCCCCCUGCGGAUCCCACUGCUGCCACCACAACGGGGUGUGUGUCCAGCAUCUGGCUGGUCCCCGCUGCCUCUGCCUGGGGGGCUACGGGGGCCCCGACUGCCUCCAGCCCCGCCCCGCGGCUCCCUGCUCCCCCGGCAGCUCGGCCUGCCCCCGGCCUGGGUGUGACAGCGAGGCCUGUCUCUACAACGGGUACGACUGCCGGCCCCCGGCUCCCUGCAGGUGUGAGUGGGGGCUGUGGGGGCAGAUCCAGGGGGGCUCUGUGAAGGGUGGAUUGGGAGGGAUCCAGGGGGGCUGUGGGGACAGAUCUGGGGGGGCUCUGUGGAGGUGGAUUGGGGGAGAAUUUGGGGGGACCGGGGGGGCUGUGGGGGGUGGGUCCGGGGAGCUCUCCAGGGUACCCCCAACCCGUGUCUCUGCCCCCAGCCCGGCCUAUGCCCGUUACUGCCACGACCACUUUGCCAACGGACACUGCGACCGGGGCUGCCUGUCCCCCGAGUGCGGCUGGGACGGGGGGGACUGUGCCCCAGGGAGGGGCGGGACCCUGGGGCUGGCGGCCGCCCUGCCCCCCCGGGCCCUCCCUGGCCUGCUCUACACCCUAGCGCUGGCCCUGCGUGUGGGACUGAGCCCCCAGCGCGAGCCCCAGGGCCGGCCCAGGCUCUACCCCUACACGGGGCGUGAGGGGCCAGGCGGGGGGAACCGCACCGGCUGGCGGCCCCCCCUGGAGCCCCCUCGCCCUGCCCCGCACCCCGCGCCCACCGAGGCCGGCCAGGAGGGGGAGUCGGAUGCCGUCGGCCCCCUCAAAUCCCCCCCGAUCCCCCCCCAAUCAACACCCUGCCUGAAAAUGGACCUCACCCCCAUAGGGAGAAACAGCCCCAUGUGGGGACUCUGCCCCCCAAAACUUCCCUUUACAGCUGCCCCCCAGGAGGUCCCUGUGGGGAGGGUCCCCCCCCGUACCCAGCCUGACCCCACAUCACCCCCCAGGUCCGUCGUGUUCCUGGUGGUGGAUGGGUCCCGCUGCGCCGGUCGCUGCCUGAAGACCCCCGAGGGUGCCCGGCGCUUCCUGGGGGCUCUGGCCGUCUCCAACGCUCUGGGGGUGCUGACCCCCCACCCCGUGGCGGCCGUGUGGGUCGAAGAGGCCAGCAGCGGUAACGGGGGGUUGGGGAGGGGUCAGGGCAGUGGGGGGGGGGCAGGUGAUGUGGGGGGCAGAGGCCUGGGGGGAUUGGGGAGGGAUACUCUGGGGGGGGCAGACAAUGAGGGGGUUGCAGGCCGGGGGGGGUCAGGGAGGGGUUGGGACAGCGAGGCCAGGUUGGGAAGGGGUCCCAAGAGGGGUGUGGGGGUGGAUCCAUUAUUGGGGGUCAGCCUGUUCCCCCAAUUUCACCGCCUGCCUGCCUCUCCCCCUCAGACCCCCAGGCCUCCGCCCCCCCAGCUGCCCUGGCCCCUGCUCGGGAGCCUGCUGGCGGGGGGGCUGGCGCUGGCCCUGGGGGCCGUGGUCGGGCUCUGGCUGUGCCGCCGGGGACAAGAAAAUGGGGUGCUCUGGCUCCCCGUGGGGUUCGCCCGCCCCCGGGACCCCAACGCCCGGCGCCGCCGGGACCCAAUCGGGGAGGACGCCAUUGGCCUGAACUGGCAGGCUGACGCCCCUCCCCCCUCGGACCGGGACUGCCGGCACUGGACACGCAAGCACCCAAGUGCCGGGGCUCCCGUCCCACAAUGCAUCAUGCUGACCCCGCCCCAGGAUGAGGCCCCCGAGGGGCGGGACCUCGACGCCAGGGGGCCAGAUGGGGUGACGCCGCUGAUGGCAGUGGUGUGCGCGGGGGCGCCGUGGGAGCUGCUGGCGCAGGGGGCACGGCUGGACGCCCAGACGGACGCGACGGGGGAGACGGCCCUGCACCUGGCCGCCCGCUUUGCCCAGGCCAGCGCCGUCUGCAGCCUCCUGGACGCCGGUGCAGACCCCAGCGUGCGGGCCCGGGCAGGGCGCAGCCCCCUGCACAGUGCCAUCGGGGCUGACGCCCUGGGGGCCUGCCAGCUCCUGAUUCGCUGCCGGCAGACAGACCUGGACACCCGGAUGAGUGACGGCGCCACCCCCCUGAUCCUGGCCGCGCGCCUUGAGGUGGAGAGUGGGAUGGAGGAGCUGCUGUGGGGCAGGGCGGCCGUCAACGCCACCGACAAGCGGGGGAAGACGGCCCUGCACUGGGCUGCCGCUGUGAAUAACGCCCGGGCCGCCCUCACCCUGCUCCGGAGCGGCGCCAGCAAGGAUGCCCAGGACAACCAGGCGCAGACCCCGCUGUUCCUGGCGACCCGGGAGGGCAGCGUGGAUGUGGCACGGCUCCUGCUCCGGCACCGGGCGAGUCGGCAGCUCCCGAACGAGCUGGGUCACCUGCCGCGCGACGCUGCCCUGCCCGCGCCCACCACAAGCUGCUGCGCCUGCGGGACGACCCCCGCCUGGGCACCCUGCCCCCUGCCUCGCGCCCCACCAGCCCUGGGCUCCCGGCCAAUCGGCCGGCACCCUGGUGCAGUGACUCCGCCCCCAGGCGCUGCUGGGGAGGGGGCUCGGAUUGGAUGGCGGAAGGGUGUGGCUGUGCCGGCCUGUGACAUCACCAGGCGGGCAGGUGAGUGCCGGAGGAUGAUGUCAGAGACAGGAAGUGAUGUCACACAGAAGACGGCGAUGUCAUAA